AUGCAGAUGUCGUGGCCCGUGCGGCAGCAAGGGAAGCGACACGCCGCCACGGCGCUUCCGGCGUCCUCGUUACUGGCGGCGCAGCAGCGGGGCGGCGGGGAUGACAGUAGCGGGGAUGCGCGAAUGAUGGGUGAUGACGAGAUGCCGUUUGCGGACUCGCGUGAUUGGACGAGCCAGCGGCGAGGGGGAGGGCGCGCAGAGGGUGCUUGGGGCGCAGCGGACAGAGAAUGGGGAGGGAAAGGGGGAACGGAGGGACAGGGGGAGAAUGUUAGCAGCAGAGUGGGCACGCAAGAUUGGGUGGGAAGUCUCGUGGGUGGCGGACGGGUGAAUGUGAGCGAAGGUGGCUUGGGUGCGAGUGGUGCGGUGGGGGGAAGGUCGAACAGGAGUGCGGAAGAAGCGGGGGUGCCGGUGGGGAGGAGCGCAGACGGGCCGGUUGGUGGAAAGGGAACAGCAAUAGGUGGCGGAGAAAAGGGAGGAGAAGUAGGAAGGGGAGGGGUCGGGGGAGCGAGAGGGGUUGUGGAAGUGGGUGGGAACUCGGGUGAGUCUGGAGGGAAGGGAGGAGCAGGGGGAGGGGGCAGUGGGGCAGGAAAAGGAGUAGGAGCAGAAGGGAAAGUGGGAAUGGUAGGGGAAGGAGGAAGUAAAGGAGCGAUGGGAAAGCUGGGGGUGGAGACGCAGGGGGUAGAGAGGCAGGGAACAAGAGUUUCUCCGAGGGAGAGGCGCGGUCUUAUGGGUACUGGCGAGCAGGCGGCAAGGGCGGGGAAGCGGGGAGUUUGGACAGGGAGAGGCGAGGCGGGUCAUUGGAAGGUGCAGGUGGCACUGGGGGGAAUGGGCGGAGAAUGGAUGUGCGAGAGCGGUAUGAGAAGGAAGGGAGGGACAAGGUGGCAGGUCGCGGAUGGUGGGGUUGGGGGAGGGGGAGCUGGAGUGGAGGGGGGGGGGAAGGGGGAGAGAGGGGUGGAGAAGGAGAGUGGAAGAGGGGAAGUUGGAGGAGGAAGGGGGAAUCGAAGUGGAGAGGCAGGGAAAGGUAGGGGAGGGGAAAAGGGGAGUGCGUGGAGGGAUGGGCUGGGGGAGGGGAGCAGGGAGGCUUGGGCGAGGAGGGAGAGAGAAGGAGAGGGGAGGGAAGCAGCGGAGAAGAAAGGAGGGGAGAGUGCAGGAGGGGAGAGUGGAGGGAAGAGGGAAGCAGGAUCGCAGCGUGAAUGGGGCAGCAGUGGGAGUGAAGGGAGCAGUGGGGGUACAGCUAGGGGCAGGGGCCCACCGGGGAGAGACGGCUUGAGUCAUGGACUACCCCAAGCUCCUCCGGAGGGAUGGGGCACACACACGCAGGGAGGAACAGAGGAGGGCAGGCUGGGGAGGGAUUCGCGGAGUGGGGAGCAUGGCGGGCCCAGGGACGAGAGGGAGCUGUGGGAGGAAAGGAGGCGGGACCAGGGGGGGCAUGGGUCGGGGGGGCGGGAGAGGCAGGACGCAAGUGGAGGUUAUUCCGUGAGGGGUAGAGAAGGGCCAGGGACGUACGUGGAAGGCAGGGGGGAGGAAGGAAAGGAGUGGGCGCGAGGAGUGAGGGGAAACGUUAGCACUGCACUGGGUAGGAGUGGUGGGAUGGGGGAGAUGAAUGGCAGUGCACUGGUGGAUAGGAGGGGUGCAGGUGCAGUGGUGGGCAGGGGCGCCAUGGAGGGCCCAGCAACGCCAGCAACACCAGCGGCACCAGGAGCACCUGUGGGGGGACCGGGAGGAUGGUCUGGGCUAGCAAUGGGGAAAACAGGUGCAGGAGGGGUGCAGGCAGGGGGGCUACAGGGGGGGGUGGAGAGAGGGGCAGGAGGGGCUGUGGGAGGGGCAAGAAGCGGGGCUGUUUCGGAAGCAGAUCGUGGGUCGGGGAUAGGGGAAGGAGGUGGGGGAGGACGGGGAGGAGGAGGAAGGGUUGUGGAAGGUGCAGCAUCGGCGGAGGCAUUGCCCGGGGCUUCAGUGCAGCCUGACGUGCAUGUGGUGGCAGAGGGUCUGCUGCCCAACCGGCUGCGGGCAGUGUGUGUGGCGCACGCCCUCACACGCGCCUCAGGCCUCUCCGUGCGCCUGCACUGGCGCCAGCACAUGCUGCUCCCCCCCACCGCCACUCGCACAGACACCCUCACAGCCACAGGAUCAGGGAUAGGCCCAGGCAGCUUGACUGGUAGCGGUGUGGGCGGUGUGGGCGGUGUGGGUGGUGUGGGCGGUGUGGGCGCGGGUUUGGUGGCGGCGGCGUUUGAUGACUUGCUGAUGCCGCUGCCGGGCAUGACAGUGGACGUGCGCGAGGAGGUGGUGGCGCUGCCGGGCGAGCAGGGCAAGGCAGGGUUUGCAAGCACAGAUGCGGGCGCUGGAGGUUUCAAGCCUCCUGCUGGCUUCGUGCUGCAGAAGGUAUGUGUGUGUGUGGCGCUGCUCUUGUUGCUGCUGCUUCCUGGUGGUAGCGGUGGUGGUGACACCCGUCCUGACAACCUGUACAUUCCACUCACUGGCCCCCUUCCUGUCCCUCUCCAACUCGCUCUCUCCUCCCCGCUUCUCUCCUCUCUUCCGUUCCCUCCCACCUACAUUGCGUCCCCCACCCAUUCCGUUCCCUCCCACCCAUCACUUCGCUCCACCUCACAGCUGCCAGUGGAGGCGCCUGCGUGUGGCCCGGCGCCCUUCCACCAGCGCCAGCACGGCCCCAUCCUGCUAUACCUCUCCUCGCCUGCUUCCCACUCGCGCCAACUUGUCAGUUACCCCUUUCCACACACUCCUGCUCCUACCCUUCCGGCUCCCCUCUUUCCCGCUCCCACUUUCGCUCGUACACACUCCUCCCAAGAGUGCAUACAGGGUAUCAUCAACGCCACGUCAGCCUGCCAGCUGGCGGCGCCUCUCAAGACGUGCUACAGCCAGCUGGCACCGGCGGCACCCGUGGAGCAGCUCAUGGCCAAUGAGAACAUGACACGUGUGCACGAGUCCACCGGGGUGUACUUUGAGGGCCCCACGUCAUCCCCAGUGCUAUACGGCGGCUUCCUCUGCCCGGCGCCAUGGGUGCUCAACUGCUCGCUGCAUCGCCUGCUGCACCGCAUGCUGCACGCCCCCUCCGCCACCUUCACCACAGCCUCCUUCUUCCCCUCUUUCUCCACCGUCCUCUCCCGCGCCCUGCACCCCUCACGUCUUCCCAUCCUGCUCGCUGCCUCCGCGCGCCGCUACACGCUCUGCUCCUUCUUCCGCCCGCCCUCCCUGCCCAUCCGCCCCCCCCAGCCGUCGAUCAGUGAGUGGAACGAGAGGCGGAGAAGCAGGCAGCAGCAGGAGGGGUAUUCUAGGGAGGAGGGGGUGGUGGGAACAUGGAUGGAUGGGGGAGGAGAGGGAGGGGCAAGGAGAGGGGGAGAGGGAGGGGGAGGGGAAAGGGGGCGUGGUGGAGGGAGCAAGGCGGGAAGCAGGCCAGGAGUGGCCGUGGACUUGGGGCUUUCAGCAGUGGAGAAACAGCGAGCGGCCAGUGGGUUUGCCAGCCCUACCAACGCCUCUCGUCGUGCCACAGCGGGACCCAGAAGGCGUCUGCUGCAGGCUCAGAAGCCCGGGGCUGGCGGUGCAAAGAAGGUGGCGGGCGGGAAGCCUGGCGGGGUGCUGGGGGGUGGUGCAGCAGGUGCUGGCAGGAAGGGCAAGACAUUUCCUCUGGACGUCGCCAGGCAGUGCGACCAGCUGUGGUUAGCGGAGCUGUUCACCCUGGGGCGCACGCGGGCACUGCUGCACCUGGCGCGCUCCAUAGAGUCCGACUUCAUCGCCUCCCAGGCCGCCGCAGCCGAGGCAGCAGAGCGACUGGAAGCAGAGGCAAACGCCGUGCUGGCAGGGAUCGAUGUGUUCCUUGCGCUGUACCACAACGAGGGGGGUGAUGGGAAGGGGGGGAGUGGUGGUGCUGCUGGGGGGGCUGGUGCUAAGGGGAAAGGAGGGAGUGGGGGGGGUGGGGCGUCGCGGUUUGCGCUGCUGCCGCUGAUCCCCAGCACGGCCCAGGCCACUAGCUUGUUCUCGAAGAGCACUGUGGCGCAUCAGCUUAUAGUGGAUGGUGAGUGGGAUGGUGAGUGGGAUGGUGAGUGGGAUGGUGAGUGGGAUGAGCACCUCAACGCCAUGUACUGUUUCAUCCCCAAGGUGGCAUGCACGUCGUGGAAGGUGUGGUUCCGCACGUACCACCGCCUGCCCAACCCCGCCAGCGUGGACUGGGCGCACGCACCCGGCGCCAACGGCCUCCCCGAGCUCUGGUUCGCCUUCGACGAGGCGGCAGCGCUGCGUGCGCUUUCCGAUAGAAGGCUGUUCCGGUUUGUGUUCCUGCGGGAUCCGUUUGCGCGCGUGGCGUCGGCGUAUUUGGAUAAGCACGUGGCGGGGGGCGUGGGGAGCAAGGGGCGGAGAGCGAGUGGGAGCGAGGAGAGGAUACUCAAAGGGCGCCAGCAGUGGAACAUGCUCUUCUUCGGCCGGGUACCGAAGCUGCUAGCGCAGCUGGCGAACCCGGUGUCCCACCUGCUGUCCUUCCGUGACUUUGUCUACCUCAUCGAGCGAGUGCCCAAGGACUGGCUUGAACCACACAUCGCACCGCAGGCACGCCUAUGCGGGCUGCAUGACAUCAAGUACGGCUUUGUCGGGCGCCUGGAGUCACUGGAGCGAGAUGCUGCCGCUGUGUCGUGUGGCGACUCAUAG